CGCUUCGCAUUCAAAUGCAUAAAGGGUAGUAUUCUUUGUCUAUCACAACAGCAUAGAAAUCUCACAUCAAAGCAAAAGAAAAGCAGAUAGCAGCAAUAUUGUAUCUGGCUAUAGCUCUUCAAGAAACAAUGCCAGCGCCACCAACUUUGAACGCCGAUGCCCUAACAGAAGGCUCAGUUGCAGCCAAAUUUUUGGCCUUGAUUCAAACGUUCGACGAUUUGACCGGUGCGCCCGAAUGGGCCCAGUCGUCGAGGACAAUCGGAAUCGUAACUGCUGCUUUGCUAUUCGUGGUGCGAAAGAUUUUGGGAAAGAAGUACGGCGUGAAUUGGUGCUCAUUUGUGCACGCAUGCGUCGUUGGGCUGAUGAGCUUUGUGGGUGUGUGGUUGAACGUGUUCGGGGCCGAAUCUCUGACGGGGACGACCGAGCCACUGGGACAGAUCCUCUGCAAGGGACCCCUUACUACCUUCCACUCUAUCGUAGCAGCAAUUACUAUGGGAUAUGGGGUGUUCGACAUCGCAGAAGGGAUGCACCUGGCCAAAGCAGAUUUUGUAAGCGAUCGCAGGGACGAACAUGUGAUUCGAUUCUUUAGACAUCACGUGCGAGAUGCAUGGUCGUAUCCGUAUACAUAUGAGAUCUGUUUUGACAUUGCAUUUUGUCUCGCAAAAAUUGUGUGCUCACGAUGGAUCGCUUGUUGUUCAUGUUUUCAUUUUUUCUAUCGAUCGUCUCGUUAGAUUAUGCACGGAAUUGCAACUUUAUCGAUCAUGGCCUAUUUCUGUGAAUACGGUGUCCCUGAAAUAAUCCUUCCCAUGUUGCUGAUGGAGGUGAGUCCUUCAUUUGUCUCGUUCUGUGCUUGGAUUCCAAGAAAUUGAAUAUAUCGUACAUUAUGAUAUUGAUUGCGGCGAAAACAAUAUCACAUCAUCUCAGAGUUCUCAAAUCGCUGCUUGAUUCGCUUCUUACGCGCGCAACUUCACAACAUAAUACCCAACAGAUAUCAACGAUCAACCUCGUAUUUUUGGGAGCCUCAGAACUUUUCUCAGAAAAAGGAAUCAUUGUGAACAUUGUGAUCUUUACCCUCAAUUUUACUUUCUUCCGGAUAGUGGCUUGCCCUUAUCUAUGGUGGGAAAUUUUUUCGACCGCGUGGGAGCACAAGGAAAACCCUUUCAGCCAAGCCUGCCUACCUUGGCAUUUUGCCUACGUUGUAUUUGUAUUUGGUGAGUAUCAAAACAUAUUUUAGUUGGGUUUUGGAUGCCAGUGACUUUACACCAACGCUUCUUCGGAUAAUCGGGCUGACACCUAGUUCUUCAUUGCCAUCGUAAAUUUGAAUGCAAUGUUGUUUUGAAUGUUUGUUACAGGCAUGUUUUUUAACUGUCUGAACUUAUUUUGGUUCAUCAAAAUUUUGAAGAAGAUGGUUCGUAAAUUUUCUGGUUCAGAAAGUUGGAAACAGAAGAACCAUGUCAAGGAAUCAUAACAUGGUAGGGGAUGCGUGAUGGGCAAGAAUAGUGUACCUUUUGUGAACCGUAUUCUUUUCGGCCCGAAAUAUUUACGUCUCAAACGAUGUCUCUUGCUCGACUAUAAAACCUCAGCCAAAGU